GGCACUGAUGACGUCAGUGGAACUUCCCGGUAGCGACAAGGUUCUCGUUCGGUGGGGCCAGAUAUAUGGAAGUUGUUGUUGUUAGGCUUUAAAGCGACGAUGUGAAACACAGUGAAGACACACUGAAGACACGUAAAGGAUAAUCAUGAAGAGGAAAACUAUUAAUUCACUAGAUUGCAUAAUGAGAAACGAUGUAGUCUUUAAAGACUGAAAUUUGUGUCCAAUAACAUAAUGUCAACAACGCGGCCCCUCAACGGCAUGAAGCGAAUCACCGAGCUAACCUGUACAGAGCCUCCGGGAAACAGAGUGUCUCCUCCCGCUAACAGUCAACAACAAGAGGCGUUGACAGUAGACGAGUUCACCGUACCCGAAGACAAGCAAGCUGAGCUAAAGUGCGCAAAGCCCAGAGUGGAGCAGGUUUUCCGAGUAUCUUUUACCAUUAUAGGACUCCUUGACCAUACGGGAGCUCACGGAAGUAAAACAUCGAGGCAAAUCUGGUUGAAGCUAAUUGGGAAGAGCGAAAAUGUUCUGAAAGCAAAGGAGUAUGUGAAGGGUCUGUGUGACCCAGAACUGCAGAAGGAAGAGCGCUACCCAGUGGACAUGCACUGCAUCUUCGCCGGCGCCCGUGGCCUCUUCCUGGAGCGGCUGCUGCUUGACACCAGUGCCGAGGUAGUGCCGCUGGAGCCGGGUCGGCUGCGGGUGCAGGGCCGGGCCGAGGCGGUUGUCAUGGCCCAAAGCCGCGUGCAGCAGUUUGUGGCACUCUUCCACGAGAAGCGAAGCCUACCCGGGGAACGCGAGCCAGCCGUCAAACGCGCCUUCAAGACCUUCGUGGAGGAGCGCACGGACAAGUACGCCAUGGAGCUGCUGUUGCUGCCCAGCGCUCUGAAGGAAGAGCUGCUGGGAUUGGCGCAGAGCCCCACACUAAUCAUCCCGGCUGGAGGCCCUGGGCCUUCACCCACAGUCGAGCUGGAGCAGGACCGCUCCCAGGCGAGCACGCCCGUCACUGAGCUGUCCCAUCGCAUCCUGGACGCCAGCUUUGAGGACCAGGUGGCAGGGCAAGAUGGGAUGGGGCAGCUGACCAACGGAAGACCUACGCACAAGCGGCGAUCGUCGGAGAGCGAACAGCGCAACACCAAACGGCAGUACUCACUGGAGCGGAGGGAAGAGGAGCUUGGUGUGGAGAGGGAGACUGAGAGGCAAGCCCAAGGCCCAAGGCCACGUGAGGCUAGCCAAACGCGUGCAAAAACCCCAGUGGCCAAACUCGGCGCAGCAUUACUAGACCUAUCCGAGAGCGUGCCAGUCGAUGCGGAGAUGGUGAGCCCUGAGACCAACCUGCGCUGCCUCGUCAACUUCUUCCGCACCAUGGGCUACCAGCAGGACGUGGUGGAGCGCGUUGUCAGGGAAACAGGCCAGACUGAGGACACCUUCCUCUUGCUGGAGCGUAUCGUCGAGGAGAGCCAACGCGUCAAGAGCCACCAACAGGGGGCUGCCCCUCACACCUCCCGUACUUCUGACCCUUCUUCUUCUUCAUCAUCAUCGUCAUCAUCAUCAUCUUCUUCUUCCUCCUCCACGUUAUCCUGUAAGCCCAGAGACAAGGACAAAAUGUUGGUCAGAGCCAUGCCAGAUAUCAAGGCCAAAGAGAACAUCAGGCCCACUGGUGGUAAUCUGCUCACCCAGCAGGGAGCAGCACUAAAGAAGAGUGGCGCUACUGGGCAGAACGACGUGUACGAGGUCAUCUGCAUAGACGACGAGAGCGAUGAGCUGAUGGAGACGACCCAAGGGCCCAAGGCCAGGACUAUAGGCCGCUUCGACCUGUCCUCCGAGCCAAAGCUGGACUACCUUUCUCGGGGAGGUUCGCAGACCAUGGGGCCUAUGAGGGUGGAGAGUGUGACUGCUCUGCGGAGCUCCUCGCAGUGUCCACCACUCGUGCCGGACACGCGGCCUAGCUGUUCCUACCAGACUAUUGCCGGACGAAUGCCCCCGGUCCGUGCAGAGCCUUCUGCUCCUUCGAAAUCUGCCCCACUCACAGGGGUGUCUCGAUUCCAGCAGUCCCUGCGGACUCCUUACCGCUUGGUGUUGCAGGACGAACCAGGCCGGUCAGACCUCCGGCACGUGAUCAUAGAUGGCAGUAACGUGGCCAUGUCCCAUGGCAACCACCGUAUUUUCUCCUGCCGUGGUAUAGCCAUUGCCGUGGAGCACUUCUGGAGGAGAGGCCAUCGAGAGAUCACCGUCUUUGUCCCCCAGUGGAGGCAGAAAAGAGACCCCAACAUCACAGAACAACACUUCCUGGGCCAGCUGGAAGACCUGCGGCUUCUCUCCUUCACCCCGUCCCGGGAAGUGUGUGGACAGCGCAUUUCAUCCCACGACGACCGGUUUCUGCUCCACCUGGCCGAGAAGACGGGCGGGGUCAUCGUCACAAACGACAACCUGCGGGAAUUUGUGAGCACCUCAGAGGCAUGGCGGAAAAUCAUUAAAGACAGACUCCUGCCUUUCACCUUUGUGGAGGACCACUUCAUGAUCCCAGAUGACCCUUUGGGAAAGCAUGGGCCCCAUGUGGAAGUUUUCUUAUGCAAAGAGAGCAGACCCAGGCCUCCUACCCCUCCACAUCAGAAGCCAUAUCUCUAUGCCAACCCCCCUGGCUAUGUGAAGCCUCUCCAGCAGCCCAGCCCCCCUCAGCCCAGACACACGUCUCUCUGGCCCCACUCAGGGCCCCCAGGCUGGAACCCCUCGCCCUCCACCGCCCCCCCUCCGCAGCGCUCGGCCUCGGAGACGUCAGAGCUCAAGAAGCAGCUCUACGACAUCUUCCCUGACCAGAAGCCACACAUCGACCGCAUCCUCAGCGAGCACCCUUACAUGCGUGACCUGAAUGCUCUGUCCGGCCUCCUGCUGGGCUGAGGAACUAGACUCGAGCACCUAAACACUCUCGUAAAGCACGCGCACUCACACACACACACACACACACCUGCGUACAAACUCACUAAAACAAAAAAACAGUAAUCACUUUUUUUCUUUUAGAGAAGAGCUUAAAGUUUUUACUUUUGCAGAACGACCCAGUAUGCGUUGUCUUUUUUUCAUGAUUUGGGUUAAAAGAUCAGAGGACUGCGACCCACAGGGUGCCAUUGUUGUUGUGAAAGUGUUGCUCCUCUUUCUUUAUUGAGUCCACAAUCAGCAUUCACAACGCACCGUGACCACCUCAAGCACAAUGUUCUACCACUGCACCCUGUGAACCAGUCACAUUUAUGGUGAACUGAAAACAAAACAACAAAACUACAUUUUUUUUAAUGUUGCUGAUAUGCACAGUCCAAGUGGCAUAUGUCUUGUUCUGUACAUAUUUGUUAUAUAACUUAAUGUACCCUGAGGUUGUUUUACUUUAUGCUGUUUGGCUGAAAUGACUAUGGUCAAACUGGAUUUGCUGUGUGGAUAUCUGGGUCCUGUGUUUCCUUUUUAAUGUAAAGUUACUUUACAGUGAAUCUUUGUAUAUACGUCAAGAGACAUGUUGGGCUAAUGAACUAUUCUUUGAGUUUACUGCAGUACACUGGGGUUUGUUUUUCCCCCAAUGUUGAGUUUCUAAAAGGAGUGGUGAAGCACCACAGGAAAUGUAACACUUCUGUUCCCCAUUCUAUAUGUAUAUACAUAUAUACUAUAUAGAACAUAAACAUGAAUCACUUUUGUUUAAAGCUUUAUGUAUGGGUUGGAUGCUCUUAUUCCUAUCUUAGAUUACAUUGACUGGUAUGCAACACUGUUUGUUCUGGAGACUCCCUCCACGUCCGAGUAGGCUUUCAUAAACAGAAACAGCGCCACAGCCCUGAAAAUUUCCCCAUGUUACUUAAUAACCUGGCCUGAUGUACCCAAACCUAUUGUGCAAUGCAAGGCAAGCAACACAAAUGUGAAAACCAUGUGACCACAAGCUCUGGGCUGAACAAAUUCCAGUCUGGUUAUUUCGAAGUGCUACCACCAGAGGGAGUGGUUGAACCACAGUUUUUCCUUCACCUGCAUUCUGAACUUCACUUGGAGAUCGUCAAUCCCACCCUCUGUUUAAACCUGGAUCCCUCUGUGGUGUAUAUUCAUAUAAAAAUGUGCGCUUCAUGGAGCUGUUUCAGUCACUUUUGGAUUGGCGACGUCCACACAGCUUUCUUGACCUAUGUGUUCAAUACCCUACUUUUUUUAAAGCAGGAAAUGGUGAUUUGUGGUCCUUUACUUUGUGAUGGAUGUGUCAUUUAGGUUGUUUAAAAUCUGAAGAAAGGGAAGACACCCACAGACCACCAAGUAUGAAGCGGACGUGGUAUGCGGUCACUCUGUGGGCAUCUCACAGGCUGGCUGUGGAGGAUUUCGUUGAGCAGCCCUGCACUGGCUGAGCAGUCAAUAAAGGCCUUUUGUUUGAAAUGAA